AUGGAGACUCUCAAUCGUUGGAUGAGAACUUCUCUGUUAUGCAUCUAUGGGUUCUUCAGCACAGUGAAGCCUUUAGAACCAUUUCUCAUCCCAUUCCUAACUGGACCAGACAAGAACCUAACCACUGAGCAACUCUGUGGCUGCGGUGAUGUUCUGCUCCGGUUGUGGAGGGAUUUCCUGCAGUGUUUCUCCUCACGUACGCUGCUUAUCUGGUCAGCGUGGUGGGCACUAGCUACCUGCGGCUACAACCAGACGGUAAACUACGUCCAGUCGCUGUGGGAGUACGUGGAGCCGUCUAGUAACUUCACGGUCUACAAUGGGGGAGUGGAGGCCCUCUCAAACCUGUUUGGGGCCGCGGCAGAGUAUGGCAUCAGUUUUUCAUCCGCAGACUGGUCUCGCUGGGGUGAGGUGGCUCUGGGCGCGCUCUCGGCGCUGGAGGGCGGCACACUCUUCGCAAUGGUCUUCAGCGCCAACAUCUGGGUCUGCUACUGUGGCUACAUCGUCUUUAAGAGCCUGUACAUGCUGCUCAUCACCAUUGCCAUGUUCCAGAUAGCAGCUGGGUUGAACAUGGAGCGCUACGCCCUUGUGUUCGGAGCCAACACCUUCUGUGCGCUGGUCCUCCAGACAAUCAUCACCUCCGUGGUGGUGGAUAGCAGUGGGCUUGGGGUGGAUAUUGUCACACAGUUUACAGUCUACGGAGCAUAUUUUUCUAUUAUUGCACUCAUUUUCUUCUUGAGGGGUUUGUAUACCACAAUGUGCCGAAAACCUGAGACGGAAACACCGAGAGAAAAUCCAGAAGAAACUUUUAAGGCAGAAGAUGAUGCACAAAUCAUCAUUGGAACAAAGUUCUGAACACAAGGAACAGGAAGUACAGGAAUUUUAAGCCAUCACACAUGAUUUAGGUCAAAUUCAUUGUUAUAUAUAUUGUAUAUAUAUUUAUAUUAAUAGAUUUCUGUAACAUAAGUGGUCUUGAGUCAGAGUCUCACGAGUUCAGGAGUUGACAUUCUAAAAGAGUCUUGUAGUUUUAACUCCUCAUAACGGAAAAACAAUGUUUUUGCCUUAUUCUCAGAAACUCCAAAAGCACUAAAAGACGACAGUAUGAUGUCAAAAAGAGAUACCACAUUCUUGCUUAAUGUUAUUCACAGCAUGGCGGACAUCAGCGCUGUAUAUGCAGUGUGUGUGUGUACGCAUGUAUGUGUGUUAAAAGAUACAAAUACUGAUAUGCACAAAGACCUAAAAAUGAGCAAUUUCUAUGAAAGAAUUAUGUACAGAACUGCAGCAUUAACAUGAACGGGAGGCUUGCAAUAACUUAGUAAUCCACCAAGUCGUGCAGAUGAUUUCCAGGUCAGGCCAGUUCACAGGAAUGACAAAAGGAGCAUGGU